AAUCAGCCGCACGCGUUUGAGAUCAGACGGGCCACAUCGGGAGAUGACUCAGCUCCCGACGGUCAGGCCACAAGGCACCAACACCACACCACCCGCAAAAUCCAGCCGGCAAACACGACACUUCGUCCUCCUCCCUUCCUCCCAUCCACUUCUCCCCUCACCACCCAAUCCAUUGACCCCGGGUCUCAGCACUCCGCUGCCGACAUGUCGUCCCUAUCCAUCUUCCGUGUCGCGACGCGCGCCGUUCGCCCUACCAGCUUCGUCCGAGCUCCCAUCGUCCGGUCCCGGGUGCAGACCCCAGUGACUCUGGCUGCCCGCGCCCGCACCUUCGGCACCACCUCUAAGUUCCUCUCCGGCCACGAGGACGAGACAUACGAGGAGUUCACUUCCCGAUUCGAGAAGGAAUUCGAGGGUGUGCAGGAUGUCUUCGAGCUCCAGCGCAACCUGAACAACUGCUUCGCCUACGAUCUGGUCCCCUCCAUCGAGGUUCUCAGCGCCGCCCUGAAGGCCGCCCGCCGCGUCAACGACUUCCCCACUGCCGUCCGUGUUUUCGAGGGCAUCAAGGCCAAGGUCGAGAACCAGGACCAGUACAAGCAAUACCUUGAGCAGCUCGAGGGUCUGCGCCAGGAGUUGGGCGUUGCUCUCCGGGAAGAGCUCUACCCCCAGGAGGAGUAAAUUCGCGUUGCCCUUGUUCUUUCUUCCAUCAAUUUUCUCUCCGGUUACCCAAACCCCCACAUGUCGCCAAUGGCCCACGCGUUUCCUUCUUGGUCGGGAGCAGAUCGGGUAGAAGAGAAAGCUGUAUACAUACUUUAGAGAUCUCCUGUGUUGUUAGUGCUGCCGCUAUUUUGGAAAAAGGUCGUUUGUACCUUGAUUGGUGCUUAAUCUAUCUUCCUCUCUUGUCCAGCGCUUGCCCUUUGCCUCGUACCUUGAAUAUAACAUCCGUUUG